AUGAAUCUUGAAUUACUUGAUCCUUGGGAACAGGAAUACCCUCAAGUUAUUGAAGAAACACUUGAAGAUGGUUAUGUUCUCAGUUGCAAGUUCAAUCGAAGGGGUACACUUCUUGCAGGAGGAUGUCUUGAUGGCAGAUGUGUUGUGUGGGAUUUUGACACAAAAGGUGUCUCACGUAACCUUAUUGGUCAUGUCAAACCUGUUGCAAGCAUAAGUUGGUCUCGUAAUGGUAGAUUCCUAUUGUCUGCAUCAAAGGAUUGGACAUGUAUUCUUUGGGAUCUAGUAUCAGCCACAAAACACACAAAGCUAAGAUUCAGCACACCUGUAAUGAUGGCACAAAUGCACCCACGAAACAACUUUCGAUUUGUGGUUUCGUUAUAUCAAGAAAGCCCUGUUAUUGUGGAUUUGUCUAGUGGUAAGGUAGAACAAUGGACGCUUGCAACAGAAACAGAGGGAAAAGAAGAUCACAAAUCGUCUUCAUUUGUUACUUCAAGUGUGUGGAACAAGGCUGGUACAAGUAUUUAUGCUGGUACAUCCAAAGGUUAUUUAAAUAUCAUUGAUGCCAAUACACGCAAGAUAACCUAUUCCAUGCGUGUUACCAGUACUACAAUCAAGGGAAUUCAAUGGAGUAGGAACGGAAGAGAUAUGCUGGUUAUUGCAAAUGACCGUGUCAUUCGAUUCUUUAGGCUGGAUGAAAAAGGUAUCCCGGUGCUACAGAACAAGUUCCAAGAUCUUGUCAAUCGCAUCCAAUGGAACCAAGCUUCAUUUAGUGCAGAUGGUUCUGGACACAAGGCAGAACACAAUAUUUACAUUUGGGACAAAAACAUGGGAAAUCUUGUCAAGAUUCUAGAGGGACCUAAAGAGCCCCUUGAUGACCUUGCUUGGCAUCCGGUUAGACCUAUUAUUGGAUCUGUGAGUAGUUACGGUAAUAUUUACAUCUGGACAGCCAAGCAUGAAGAGAAUUGGAGUGCAUUUGCUCCAGACUUCACCGAAUUGGAGGAGAACAUGGAAUAUGAGGAAAAGGAGGACGAGUUUGACGUGGUGCCCGAAGAAGAGGCGACGAAGCGUAAGCAGGAUGACGAGGAUAUAACGGUUGACGUGACAACAGACGAAACCAUCCAGGCGUUUCUGGACAUUGACGAGGAUCGAGGGGGUGAAGACGAGGUGUUUUAUUUGCCUACGUUGCCAUUCGAUGGCGAUGCCCAAUCCGAAAGCGACUCAGAUAGUGUCUAUACAGACGAAGAACUCAAGAGAUCCGAUAGUCAAAGUACAUUAGAUGAAGGUCCCAGACCACGUAAGCUUUACAAGAAAGAAAAGUCCCCUUGA